AUGACAUUCAUACAGAGGCGUUCAAACCAUAGGCCUUUGCCAAACCAUGGAUCUUCAAUACCCUUGCCAAGCACAAACCAUAAACCUAUACAACAACGUCUGAGAAAACCACAUGGGGAAAACUGUGCAACAAAACUAAAGAUUACCCCACCAUUAUUAUCGCACAUUUUCACAUUACUCCUGAUUCUCACCUAUACUACAUGUGCAUAUGGAGGUUGCGUAUCUGAUGACGUUCAGCCAGCUAAUGUACCCAUCAGUCACCUGGAUUACUCACACAAAGAGACUGACUCAGGAAGUCCUCGGGUAAAACGUGCACCAGCUGAACUGUAUAGCCCAAUCAGGAUUCAUACUUACUAUGGAGAUAUUGGUGUUGAGCUGAAUGAUAUAGAACAAGAGAGACUGAAGACAAUCAUCCAGGAGGGUGUAAGAAAAAUAACGAAAAUAUUAUCAGUGCUUCCUGUUAGAAAACUUUUACUCUCUAGAGAUGCCUGUGCAGGGGUACAUUCAAGGGGCCCCAACAAGGGAAGAUGUGGUGCUAUGGAAAGGGGCUACAGAGGGGAGAAGUGUUUAAAUGAGUUUUAUAUCCCUGAUGAGCACCUUGGGCAGUUUGUGACAUAUAAUUCAAAAGACCGUGACCCUAAUGUGGUGUAUGCAGCGGGGGAGGGACUGGUCAACACAGAUUUUGUGCUCUAUGUUAAUUCUCGCACAGAUACUGUCAAGUGUGCUACCAUGAGCAGGAAUGUUAUUGCAUAUGGUGGCUACUGUCAGACUGAUGGCAAUUCUAGACCCAUCGCUGGGUACAUUAACAUUUGCCCCUUGCAUCUGAGACCUCCACUGUAUGAGCAUUCACGUCUGACAUUGAUUGGUAUACAUGAGAUGUUCCAUACACUGGGCUUCACUAAAAGUCUGUUUGAAAAGUACAGAGACUGCAGGCAGUCUGAUACUGGUACAAACUGUCCACUACAGCAUAAUGCUAUACGCACAAUAUAUGGGGUUGAGAGACUAGCGACACCUAUCUUAGUGGAACGAACGUCGCAACAUUUUAAGUGCAAUGAUUCAACGGUUGAUUUUGGAGUGCCCCUAGAUGUCACUAGUGGUACCAUGAGCUCUCAUUGGGAUGCAGCCUUCCUACAGGGAUCUAUAAUGACUCCAAACUUCGGCAUCCCCCACUUGACAAAGAUUGACCCACUCACUCUGGCAGUAUUUGAAGACAGUGGCUGGUACACGGUCAACUACGGGAUGGCAGACCCUUACACCUGGGGGAAAGGUGAAGGCUGUACAUUUGGUCUCAACUCUACAUGUCAUAAGCCUUCUCAGUAUUUUUGUACAAAUAGGCCAAGAGGCUGUCACUAUCUCCUGGAAGAUAAAGGAGUCUGCGGGACAGACCAGUUUCUUCACACAUGUAAAAUAUACCAAGCUGAGACAGGGGGCCAUUGCAUUGACAGUGACAGUGCACCAAGCACUGAUGUUCUCAUGAAGACAGGGGAAGUAUAUAGUAGAGAGAGCAGGUGUUUCUACGGCAACCUAACACGCACAAAGCUCAGUGAAACAGUUGGCUCUGCAAUAGAAGGUGGGUGCUACCAACAUAGGUGUGUCAAAACUGUCAACCAUGAUGAUCUCCAGGUGAAGGUGGGGCAGUCAGACUGGGUCAACUGCCCCUGGGGCCAGUCUAUAAAUGUGCCUGGUUAUAUUGGUGUAUUGAUGUGCCCUAGAAAGGGGAUAUUAUGUGUUACCCCACCACCCACCCCUACCACCACCACCACCAGUACUACCCCAGUAAUGGACUCAACCACUUCAAUCCCCUCUACAACACCCACAACUACGCAAAGUGCCUUAUCAACCUCAAAAGAAGCCAAUGAAGAAGAUGAUGCUCUAGAGGUCGUAAUAACCUAUGACAUAGGGAACUAUAAUGAUCUGAAGCUGAGGAAUCUAGAUGAGGAGUUUAGGAAUAAAUCCAUUGCCAUGGUAACAGAUCUAUGUGGUAUCCCAGUUACCAGAAUAAAGAAUAUUAAUCUAAAGUCUGGCAGUAUUAUAUUUUCAUUUGAGCUGCUACCAGAGGAUGAGAGUGGGGAAUCUGGCCCCACUACCUCAGAGGCUUAUGUUUUGCUCAAGGAUGCAAUCAAAAUGGGGGAGUUCAUAGUAGAUGUGGGGGAUUUCAGAUAUAUGGCUACCUCUGUUCAGAAAGCUGCAGACAUUACUCCAAAGAAUAAGGCCUUACAUGCUGGGAAAAUAGUGGGUAUCAUACUUGGAGCAUUACUCCUUAUUACCCUCAUAGUUAUAGCUGGGAUGCUUAUUAAUAAGUACAAAGUAAAUCAGCAGGUCAGCCCAAUAUCCUCAAGGGCCGUCAGUUGCGAGUUCGGUGAGAAUGGCAACCGGAAACCUGAACCGAGACUCAGUGUCACCUCAAAUCCUGGCAAAGCCAAUAGGACUACAUUUCAUCAUACAAAUCAUGAACGGAGCAGUCAAGUUCAGAAAUCGGGUAGUUUUUCACAUUUAGAGGAAUGUCGAUCUCCCAGUGUCAUUAGUAGCAAAUCUGUCCAAGUUGGGGAAAUAUCUUCUGUGUGAGCAAGCACUAUGGUGUGUCAUGGGCCUCUGUUCAGAGACUUAGAGCCAGUUUAGUUAGUUUAAAUCUGAUUUUCAGCAGUUGUUAUUCUUUGCCCAUGGCAAGAUUUCUUAAAGGUGAAGGAAUCACUGUUGCUACUAUUUAGCAGUUGCAAUCUCUUUAAGUUCAGUCUGUCAAAUAAGCUGCAAUCUCUCUUUGUGCAUAAUGUGACCAAUAGUUUUAAAUCAGGCCUUGUUAUGUCAAUACCAGCAGUGGAUUUUUGUGGAUGGUGUUUGUUAUUUGGCAUCCGGCAGUCAGUGUCUGUA